GAAAUAAUUCAUUUUUGCUGAUGAUGGUCCAAGCUAGCCUUGCAAAGGCAGCUAGCUAACGUUAGCUAGCUUUUCUCUCCCAUCAUACACGUCUUAGUUCUUCUCUGUAGCCAGGUUCGUUUGAGACAGUUGGGCAGAGAGAUUCCGUUGUAUUCACUGCUGUAUUGCCUGCCGGUCCUGGAGGAGUGCAUUCUGUGACCUUAGUCAGUUAUUUACUUCUCUAAUUUUUACGCUAAUGAGUACUGCUGUACUGUGCUUGAGGAACCUUUGGCAUGGACCAAGUAUCCAGUGCUAACACUAACAGCCAGGACUCCACCGUUUCAGAGACGGCAAUGGAUAACAGUAAACAAGACCCUGACGCCGGUACACCUGAAGACUCGGCAGUUGUGGCUGCAAAGCCCAAAGGCCGUGCUAAGCGUCGUUCCCGUGCUGCUGCACAGUCCCCCAGUGUGAAUGCCGAGUCUGACGCAACACCAGCUCAGCCAACACCUACUCGCACCUCCAGUCGACGGGCCAGUGCUGUAAAGGCUGCUGCAUCUUCGACAGCCUCGCCGCCUCAUAAGCCAGCAGGCAAGGGCAAGCGUGCCGCUUUAGAGAAGGAGAGAGCUAAGUUGCAGCAAGAAGUAGAUGCAGCUGAAGAGAAGAUCAAGAAGGCCAAUAGUAAGACAUCCAUUUGCAGUACUGCCACCGAAUCUGACGAGUCUGUGGAUGGUGCGGCAGCUAGUACCGAAACUGCUGAGAAAGAAGACCUAGACCCCGCUGCUGUAGCCAGGGAGCUGGCGAAGGCACCAGCCAGAACGCCGCGUAGUCGCUCAGCAGCUGUCACAGCUACAGAGGACGCAGCAACAUCACCAUCAGCUACUGCGGCUACUGCCAUAUCUUCACGCCGAUCCUCACGCAAGCGUAACACAUCUACUCAAGAUGCAGCAGAAGUGGAGACAACACCCAGACCUAAACGUACACGCGGAAAGGCAACUCCGGCAGCCACACCGCAGGACACACCAUCGACCACGCCAAACAAGGACGUUGCUUCUGAGCUGCCCAGCGUCACCGCUGGACCUGCAGGUGAUGUCAAGGUAUCCGAUGUGGAAGUGGCCGCCGGUGUUGCUGCUGCUGACACAGAGCAACCAAUGGAUAUCGGUGCUGCUGCUGCUGCCACGGUUUGCGAGGAACCAGCAGCUGCAAGCGAGAAGGGCAGUGGUGACCGCUCAUUGGACUGUCCAGCCGACGCGACUGAGCAAUCAGAUACUCAGUCUGGCCAUGGUGACGCCGCGUUGGUGUCGGAAGAGCCCAUGGACUCAACUGCUGAUGAGUCACCACCGUCUUCACGUAUAACUGCAACUGCGAACGUAAGCAAAGCUGCUAUGGGAGAGGAACUGGCCAAUCUGGAUGCUAUGCCGCUGGAAGAUGCCAGUAAUCCUGCAGACUCUGUUACCGAGCAAACAACCGACGUCAGUGAUUGUGUAGCUAAGACAAUCACAUCCAGCACAACCAACAUCACCACAGCUGCUGAUGCUGAUGCUGAUGCUGCUAGUUCAAUUGCUACCGUAGCACCCAGUGGAACUACUAACUUAGAAGAUGCAGCAGCAUCAGCAGCUUCUAUUAGUAGCAGUACACAGGAAAAGGAGUCGGAAGUAGCAGAGACAGAACCAGCAGCACUUGACUCAAGCGAGGAGUGUGAAGAGACCAAUGGCGGUACGGACAAUGAACCAUCACCUACACAAGAUGCACAGGAAAAUUCCGAAGCGGCUGAAGGUGCUCUGCGCGACGUUGAGACUGUUCCUACUAGCUGCGGCAUUGACACACCGUCAUGUGAGACUGCCCAGGAGCCUCUAGAGUCGGCGGAGGAAGCACUGAACUCUUCUGAAGUGUGUGAAGUUAGUAACAACUCCACUACGGCUGAAUCUCAGUCUGAGAACCAGGCUGAUGAAGUAGUCACCGACGGCGUGCCAAGUGGCAACGAUUCUGAUGGCAGCUCAUCUCCGGAAAUGGGCCACUUUGAAGUCCUCGAAGAGCUGAACAUGGAGCAGCUUGACACUCAAGCAGCUACUGCUGAUCAGAACGGCCCAGUGACGUUGCUGCUCGACCUUGAAGAUAAUCAGAAUAUGAUGGAGCAAUUGGAUUAUGGCGGGGAUGAUGAUGAUGAUAUACAACGCCCGGAUGAAACUGAUACUGUGAGCAGCGGUGACGGUGCUGCUGCGACUGCUGAUGAUGAUUCUGCUGCUGCUGCUGCUGCUACUGCUACUACUGCUGCUGAUGGUAGUCAGGAGGACAAGAAUAAGAGCUCUGAGAAAAAGGACGCGAGCAGCAGUAAUGGCAACCGUUCUUUGAGCACUGUCAGUCAAGGCCACACCAAGGGCACAGCAACGAAGACGCCAGAGAAGCCUAUAGGCAGUGGCAGGGCUGAAGCUAAGGACAACGGCAACAGUAGCAGAGUGUCUUCUCGGAGAUCAUCUGGCGACAAGUCCACAGCUGGUGAUAGGAAGCCUGAGAAGGAGGUCUCCGCAAAGCUAGCACAUGCCGCAAGCAGUGGAACUAAGGUCACCAUCUCCUCUUCUCCUUCAGAUGUUAAUCAGCAACCGAAUAAAAGGCUAUUCCGAAAGUCACGCUACUUCAUCAUCAAGAGUAACAACCACGAAAACGUAGGCAUUGCCAAAGGCAGGAAUGUAUGGGCCACUCUGUCAUUCAACGAGAAGAAGCUAAACAAGGCAUUUCGGGAAUGUAACAACGUCAUUCUGAUAUUCUCUGUCAAGGAGAGUGGCAAGUUUCAAGGCUGGGCACGGUUAGCUUCAGAAGCAAUACGCGAUGGCACUAUCAUACCAUGGGUCUUACCUCACAACAUGCUGCCGGAGCAGCUGGAUGGUUUGUUCCGCUUGCAGUGGAUUCACAAGGGUCGAUUGGACUUUCAGCGUACACUGCACUUGAAGAACCCCUGGAACGAAAACAAAGUUGUGAAGAUUGGCCGUGAUGGGCAGGAGGUAGAGCCGACUGUUGGGGAGGCGCUGUGCCGGCUGUUCUUCACCGAAGGAGAAGGAUAUAUCGGUGACAGCAGCAACAGCAGCCGCAUGGUUGCAUUCCCGGAUAGGUCCAGUGCAAGCCGUGGCGGCAGUGGUGGCAGCAACAACCACAGUAGUGCAAGUAGCAAGCACACCGGUAGCAGCAGCAGCAUGAGCAGUGGCCAUGCUGCCUUGGGUCACGGUGUCGGACAACCAGUCGUUCAGCACAAGGCAUUCCAGCCUAUACUCAUCUCGUCAUCGACAUCAAGUGCGCCUGCUGGAAGUAGCAGUGGCAGGAGUCUGCAUGCCAGCGGCAUGUACAAUUCCAGUGCAGCAGCGGGAGCAUCAUCAUCAUCAUCACGUACUGUUGGAUCUAGCAGCGACCGUGGCAGUGGCAGUACCAACUCUAAAUUGUCUACUGCAUCUAGCUCAGCACACCCGUCGUCAGCAUCAUCAUCCUCGAGACGUGGAAUUAGUCCGCUAAUGCCGGUGGCAAGCUCAGCAGCAUCACCCGCUGCGACUACAUCUGCAAUGAACACCACCGGCAGUGGUAGUAAGCAACACUCCGGUAGCCCAGCGGCAUCAUCAUCAUCUCACCGUUCUCAUCACCAUCAUCGUCCUGCCUCACCAUCAGCACCAUCAGCACCAUCAGCAUCCUCAUCAGGCCGAUCUCGGUCGCCACGCAGUGAUGCAGCUGCUGCCCUGGCACGUAGUCGGGCCGGUGAGCACCGUCAUCCAGCACCUGCUGCCGAAGACAGCCGGUCACAUGACAGUCGGUCACAUGACAGUCGGUCACAUGACAGUCGGUCACAUGACGGCCGGUCACACGACAGUCGGUCACAUGACGGCCGAUCACACGACAGCCGGCCACAUGACCGCGACCAUCGACGCAAUGCACCUGCAAGCUGGGACAGUGCACAGUCAUCACAUGGUCAUAGUCGACGUGGUGCACCUACUGCUGCUGGCAGCGGUGGCGGUGGCACUCUUCCUCCAGACUAUGAUGACGAUGGCAGAGGGUCACGCUAUCGCGGGGCAGACAGAGAGCAGCGUGAUUUCCCCCCGCGAGACCGUGCCCGAGAUCGUGCAAGAGAUCAUCGUGAAUUGGAUCGGUCAGACAGAGAGAGGGAUCGUGGACGUGGUGAUCGUGGCGGCGUUGACUAUGAUCGGCGUGGUGCUAGUGACUACUCUCGACGUGCGGAUCAUCACGAUCGCCAUCGUGGUGCUAGUGCUGCUGGUGGUGCUAGCUCACGCCAUGAGGAUUCCUAUCAUUCUCGAUCACACAGACAACGCUCAAGAUCCCGCAGCUUUUCUCCUCCGCCUCCUGCCAACUCGCGUACAUCUCGUCGUUCUAGUUCUGGACGGGAGUUUGGAGUUCACAAGAGUACUAUUUUACACGGGUCGUAUGAUGAUUAUGUGCGUGAGUAUGCACAACGCCGUCAAGCCACUGCACCUGCCAUGCCUCCCGUGCCUGCUGCUGCUUUCCUACCUCAUAUGUCGCUAUCGGGAGCUCCAGGUUCUUUCCCAGUACCUCCAUCUAACUCUGGUGCUUCAUCAUCAUCUAGUGCUGCAGUGCCUAAAUCGCUGCAGUCGCGAUCCGGACUGCACUCAACAAUGCACAGUUCCUCAACUUAUGCCUCCUCCACAGCAGCAGCAUCCUUUGCUAGGCCGUUGAUGUACGAUGCAGCAUGCAAGGACUUUCUAUUGCGUACUCGAACUGGUCUACCAGCAUCCUCCUCACCACCAUCAUCUUCACAUCGCAGCAGUGGUGGUACUUCUUCUCAUCACUCCAGAAGAUAAUUCCCAAUGGCUGUCUUUAUUCUUGCCCUCGCUGCUUAGCUGAUGAUCUAGAGCUUGCAGAACACUGUUGUGUACCCUGUGUUGGCUUUAUUCGUAUAUUGUCUGUGUUGCCUGUAUGUUGUCUGUAGCUACUGUUUACAUUUAGUUACACAUUCACUGCUGCUGUUGCUGGUAGUCAUUGCAACAUGGCAAUUCUGAUCUAUGUCAGCAUUGUGCGUCCAUAGAAACCCAAACCUAGAAAAUGUUAUAAGUUGUGAGCAACAGGUUGUGAGCAACAGGGCAGCCAACCAAAAACCAAACAAAACAAAAACAGCAAACAUAAACAGCGAGUAGACGGCUGACAUGCAUGCACUACACAUGCAUUCUCAUGUAUUUGUGUGCUAUGUACAUUGAUUGAUACAUUUUUGAGCAAUUUUGUGCUUUCUUUACCUAUUCCUCUUUGUACACACUACUAAUAUUGUUUGGAUGUGUGUGUGUGUGUGUGUGUGCAUGUGACGUGUGCGUGUGUGUGUAGCAUGGCUGGCUGGUUUCGUAUGAUGUCCAAGUUAUAGCUAUCAGUUUUCUUCUUUGCUUCAUCGUUGUUAUUAUUAUCGUAGUUGCUGUUCAGUCACCGGCCUUGCUUCAUUAGUAGUAUCUCCAUCGCUUCUCCUUGCUUCCUCCAUCCUCCCUUGCUACUUGUUGCGUUGUAACUGCCUAUGGACACUUUCUGUCCACGCAUGUGCUGCCCUGCUCGUCGUAUUCAUGUCGGCUGAUCCACAUCUGCUGGAAUGUUCCCUACAGCAACAGCAACAACCACAGCAAUUAUAGUCGCCAUGAAUUGAUUGCUUUUUCUUCUUCUAAAUUUCAUGCAAAAAAAAUUUCAUUUUAAAGCA